AUGAACCAGAUCCCCGAUAUCCUAUACUCUGAGCAAGAUUUUACCACUUGGUUGAUCGUGGGCGCCAGCAGAGGCAUCGGUCUCGAAUUCGUGCGGCAGCUCUUAGCCAGGGAAGAGCGGAUCGUUGCAACGGUCCGCGAGCCUUGGGCCUCCCAUGCGUCAGGUUUGUGGGGUCAGGCUGGUAGCGACCACGGCCGUUGUCAGAUGUACAUAUGUGACAUUCUAUCCGAAGAGAGCAUCAUCAAAUUUGUCGCCCAGAUAGCCGCCAUACCAAACUUCAAGAUUGAUUAUGUUGUCAUCAAUGCCGGAGUGCUGAGAUACCCUAAUAGAUCGACUGAACUGUGUGUCUCCCACCAAUCCACUACCUCCGGCUGUUAUGUUCAAUGCCGCGCCCUGUCAUUUGACGAGUUCGCCUUCCAUCUCCACACAAAUACCAUAGGCCCCAUCAUCACCGCACAGAAACUGCUGCAAACCAACAUCCCCAUUGGUACCAUCGUCUUCAUGUCCAGUGACUCUGGCUCACAUGGUAAUUUCCGAGAGAUGGAGGACGGUUUCGCCGCAUACGCAGCAUCGAAGGCCGCCCUCAACAUGGCAGUGAGACACAUGGCUGCUGAAUUGAAGAGAAAAGAUGACGACACUAUCAUCUUAGCCAUGCAUCCUGGCGAAGUCGCCACUGACAUGGCAAACAUCAACCUCCCUUGGGAGGUCCAUGGAAUCAUCACGCCUGAAGAGUCCGUUCGUCGAAUGAUUGACGUGAUACAAAGCAAAGGCAUCCAGCACAGUGGAACGUUUUGGACAUAUGAAGAUAAGCCUUACGUCUGGUGA